CGCUUGCCGGCGUCUGAGGGCGCGACCUGUGUGAAGGCAAAGGGCCAGCCUUGUGCUACUGCGAGCUGCGAGUAGGCGUGGUGUAGUCUGACGGCUGCACUGAGUGUGUGCUGGCCGUGGCGGGUUAAGUCGAGCCCGGGGGAAGCGAGCUGGUGGAUCCUCGCAAUACUACCGUGUCUGUGCCAGCUGUCAGUCCAGUCAGUCCAGUCCGUCAGUCAGUCAGGCAGGCAGUCAGUCAGUCUGCCAGUCCGUCCGCCCGUCAGUCAGUCAGUACGCUUAUUAGCCCGUCGGAUGCUGAUUCUACGCGGGCCAACGAGUAUCUUCUCCUGCCUCGCUCCCUUUCCCUUUCUCUCCUAUGUGCUUGGCGCAUCAUCCAUGGCGCCCAUCCCAAGGCUCCUCUCCUGCCAUCGCAUUCGCAUCCUGAAGUUUGUUGCUGUGCAACCGCGUCUGACAGGUUUUCUGACAGCUUCUCUGACUCGAUUUCGUGCCUCUUCGACGCGGGCACAUUACUCGGGAGCCUGUCAAGCCUGCUGAUCGCCGUGUGCAAAGGGACGUCGGGCGUGGCAACCACAAUGACAGGCAUC